UGUGGGAUUGUAGUAUAUGCAUGCAAACCGGCGCGGGCGCGGUGUCGCUCCCCGCGCACCCCUUUGUAUCAAUCAGUAAUAAACGGACCGUCGACUGUACUGCUGUGUUUCCUUUACACUCUCAAAUACCUCAUUGGCGACGAAUCUACCCGCGCGUGGAAAAAAAAAUAACCGUUAAUUAUGACGACUACUUGUAUCGGAAGUCUUACAGUUUUUGACCAUAAUUCUCAAGAGUGGAGGAUAUUUCAUGGAAGGCUGCAGCAGUAUAUUCUUUUAAAUUCAGUUGUAGAUGCCAAGAAGGCACCGUUAUUACUCACUCAUCUGUCAGAUGAUACCUACCGUCUGGCUACAGAUCUCGUGCAUCCUAAGAAAAUAGAGGAGGUUGCGUUUGACGCUUUAGUCGAAGUGCUAAACAAGCAUUUCUCGCCGAAAAGGUGUACCUUCGCCGACAGGGAGAAGUUUUUCGAGGCGAGAAGGACAACGGGAGAAAGCGUCGAGGGAUGGGCGGCGCGAGUUCGCGGACUCGCCGUGCACUGCGAGUUCGGCACUGCAUUGGACAUGCUUCUAGUGAAUCGUUUUGUGCUAGGCAUGAACGUAGGCCGCGAACGUGAUCGUUUAUUCGAGCAGGACGCUACUUCGCUUUCAUUUGCGAAAGCCUUAGAGGUGGCACAGCAGGCGGCGAGUGCGCGCCAUGCCCGGGCGACGGCCACGGAGUCAACAGGGGCGGCGCUCGUGAAGGAGGAACCGGUGUACCGGGUGAGCGGGACGAAACCCGCCACCGACCGCGGGCGAGAGGUUCGCAAGUGCACCGUGUGCGGCAUGAAAAAUCAUGAUGCGGACCAGUGCAAAUAUAAGGGUUACAAGUGUCAAAAGUGCGGUUUAGUUGGCCAUUUGAAAAAAGUGUGUAAGGGCAAGUUGUCGCGAAUUAAUAAUAUAGUGCAGCAAAAUAGUGAUACUUCGGAUGAUGCGUCGUGCUGCGUGGAGUGCCAAAACUAUAGACUAAGGUUUCAAGAUUAGUGUGGGAGAAAUGUAGUAUAUGCAUGCAAACCGGCGCGGGCGCGGUGUCGCUCCCCGCGCACCCCUUUGUAUCAAUCAGUAAUAAACGGACCGUCGACUGUACUGCUGUGUUUCCUUUACACUCUCAAAUAC